CGCCCUUCCACCACCUCCCAUCUCUUUCGUCCCUCCCUCCCUCCUUCUUCUGCCAUUGAAAAUUCUCUCCUACACAUCAACCCAUCUCUGACCUCGUCGAACAACCCGACGUGAUCCAUAUUCAAGACACAUCCUAAAUACACAAUCACAUCAGACAACAUGGCUCCCAUCAAGGUCGGCAUCAACGGCUUCGGUCGUAUCGGACGUAUCGUCUUCCGCAACGCCGUCGAGCACCCCGAGGUCGAGAUUGUUGCCGUCAACGACCCUUUCAUUGAGACCAAGUACGCUGCCUACAUGCUCAAGUACGACUCCACCCACGGAAUCUUCAACGGCGACAUCCAGCAGGAUGGCAACGACCUUGUCAUCAACGGCAAGAAGGUCAAGUUCUACACCGAGCGUGACCCCACUGCCAUCCCCUGGAAGGACACCGGCGCCGACUACGUCGUCGAGUCCACUGGUGUCUUCACCACCAUCGACAAGGCGAAGGCCCAUCUUCAGGGCGGUGCCAAGAAGGUCGUCAUCUCUGCUCCCUCUGCCGAUGCCCCCAUGUACGUGAUGGGUGUCAACGAGAAGUCCUACGACGGCAGCGCCGACGUUAUCUCCAACGCUUCUUGCACCACCAAUUGCUUGGCCCCCCUCGCCAAGGUCAUCAACGACAAGUUCACCAUCAUUGAGGGUCUCAUGACCACCGUCCACUCCUACACUGCCACCCAGAAGACCGUUGACGGUCCCUCCGCCAAGGACUGGCGUGGUGGCCGCACCGCUGCUCAGAACAUCAUUCCCAGCAGCACUGGUGCCGCCAAGGCUGUCGGCAAGGUCAUCCCUGAGCUCAACGGCAAGCUCACUGGCAUGUCCAUGCGUGUGCCCACCGCCAACGUCUCCGUUGUUGACUUGACUGUCCGCAUCGAGAAGGGUGCCAGCUACGACGAGAUCAAGGCCGCCAUCAAGGAGGCUGCUGAGGGUCCCCUCAAGGGUGUCUUGGCCUACACUGAGGACGACGUCGUCUCCACCGACAUGAUCGGCAACCCCAACUCUUCCAUCUUCGAUGCCAAGGCCGGUAUCUCCCUCAACGACAACUUCGUCAAGCUCGUCUCCUGGUACGACAACGAGUGGGGAUACUCCCGCCGUGUCCUCGACCUCUUGGCCCACGUUGCCAAGGUUGACGCCUCCAAAUAAAUGUGCGGUACACAUGAGGCUGUCGCGGAGGGGAAACAUGACCGAAAGUGUCCAUUAAUGAGAUGAUAAACCAACGACCAAACAAAAGCAGUAAAAUGAAGAUGGGCAAGUCUUUCAGGAGGGAGGGCCGCAAAGGCCAGGGAGGAUCAUGGUUGUUUCUUUCCUACAAACAAACGCUCCCAGAAUACAUGUCCGUAUGACGUCUAUGAAAUAGAUUAUGCCUACCCAUCACAGUCCACGCCAAUGCAGAGUGACCAGCGUGUAACUCGAAUCUUUGAUGAUUCUUGAAUCAGAU